GUCGAUCUUUCGACUUGGUUAAUAAACCGUCCCAAUCAUCUGGACGGAUUAGAUUUAGCUUUAUUUGGAAGUAAAAUGUUGCGAACGAUUGUUACUCGAAAUCAGGUUCUAAAUAGUGGUCUAAAGAAGGCUAUACGAACUAAUUUGACAAGAUGUUUGAGCACAGAAUUGACUAGGAAGAAGAUUCAUUCUAAUCAAUUAUUAUCUCCAUGUGAAACAAAUAAAUGUUUGUCUCCACAAUGGACCACCCAGUUCAGGCAAUACUCCAGCCUACCAUCUCACAUAAAGGUGAACCUUCCAGCUCUUUCUCCUACUAUGGAGAGUGGUUCAAUUGUCAGUUGGGAAAAGAAAGAAGGAGAUAAACUGAAUGAAGGUGAUCUUCUAUGUGAAAUUGAAACCGAUAAAGCAACUAUGGGAUUUGAGACUCCAGAAGAGGGAUUUUUGGCCAAGGUUCUAAUUCCCGCUGGCACCAAAGGUGUAGCAGUCGGUAAACUCCUAUGUAUAAUCGUGAGCAACAAAGAUGAUGUUGCAGCAUUUAAAGAUUUCAAGGAUGACUCCUCUGGUGCACCAGCCAAGCCUCAAGCCGUGGCGCCGCCUCCGGCCGCGGCCCCAUCGCCCGCCGCCCCCGCCCCCGCUGCGGCUCCAGCCCCCGCCCCCGCGGCUGCCCCCGCAGCGGCAGCACCCGCCGCCCCCGCAGGCGAUAGGGUAUACGCCAGUCCGCUGGCGAGACGCCUCGCUGAGAUCAGGAACAUUAGGCUUGGGGGACAGGGUUCAGGCCUGUACGGGUCACUGAAGAGUGGUGAUCUGUCAGGUUUGGCGGCAUCGGCAGCAGCAUCCCCACAAAUGGCUAUGCCACCACCAGCGCCUGGGGCUUCUUAUGUCGACAUUCCCUUGUCUGGCAUGAGGGAAACUAUUGCCAAACGACUGUCGGCUGCCAAGCAAACCAUCCCGCACUACCAGCUCAGUGUCACUGUCAACGUUGAGAAGACCCUUGCUAUGAGGAAGGCGGUCAACGAGAGAUUGGCGGCGGAAAAGUCGGAUGUCAAGAUAUCAGUCAACGACUUCAUAGUGAAGGCGAUGGCGUCCGCUGCGAAACGAGUGCCCACCGUCAACUCACACUGGAUGGAAUCUUUCAUCAGACAAUUUUCAAACGUAGACGUGAGUGUAGCAGUGGCGACACCUACCGGCCUAAUAACGCCUAUAGUGUUCAACGCUGACUCUCGAGGCGUGAUCGAAAUUUCGAAGGAUGUUAAAGCACUCGCUGCCAAAGCUAAAGAAGGAAGGCUACAACCACAAGAAUACCAGGGAGGCACAAUUACCGUAUCGAAUUUGGGAAUGUUCGGAAUUACCGAGUUCAAUGCCAUAAUUAAUCCUCCACAGUCUUUGAUUUUGGCGUGCGGAGGUAUUCAAGAAUUAGUUAUAGCUGACAAGAAUGAACCACAAGGUUUCAGAGUAGCAAAAUUCAUCACAUUCACGGCGUCGGCGGAUCACAGAGUGAUAGACGGCGCGGUGGGCGCGCAAUGGAUGAAAGCGUUCAAGGAGAAUCUAGAAGAUCCCGCCAACAUCAUACUAUGAAUCACCUCCAAUACCUCAGCGAUUUGCUAAGUGGACUAAUACAUACACAGAUAGAUAUUGUAUAAAUAUGAUGACUUAAAAUUUGCUAGCCAACAAGAUUAAAUUAUUAUUUUAAACAUUAAACUGCUCGAUUUACAACUUAGCCUAUGUUACUCGGAGAUAAUGUAGCAUUUUAAUGGUAAAGGAUUUUUAAAAUCGGUCCAGUAGUUUUUGAAUUUACUCAUUACAAACAAACAAAUCUUUCCUCUUUGUAAUAUAGAAGAAAUAUUCACUUGGAAAAUUAUGCAUUGGAUUGUAUUUUUUUAUAUAAUAUGACUAGUGACACGCCCUGGUUUCGCUUAUGUGUAGACUAUAUUUGGUUUUCGGCCUUGUAUUUAUACAUAAAAUCCUUCAGCGAGAAAUUGUGUAAUUGAUGACGAAAACAGCAUGAAAAUCUGUUCAGUAGUUUUUGAAAUUUCGCUAUUAUUUAAAAAACAACAUAUAUACAGACAGACGCGACAAAGGACAGUGUUAUUAUUAUGUAAGGGUAAUCUAAUAUUUGGUAAUCUUGAUAUUGCAGAUUGAAACAAUACCUAGUAUCAACUUUAAGUCAUCCUAUUUAUUUAAAACGGAAAUGAAUAACGGAGAUUGUAUUAGCUACGUUAUCAUUAUAAUAUAAGAAAAACUGUACUUCGCCUAAACACAAAACAUUUUUUAAUAUAAUACAUUUAUUUAUCUUUUUUUGACAUAACUGUUUACUUUUUUAUUGUUUAUAGACAUAAUGUUGCGAUGGUGCAAGCGCUGUAUACUUUUGUAAAUACGAUUAUUUAAGUGGCAUUUUUUGAGUAUGUUUUAAUUUUUGAUCAGUCUGUCUUAUGAGUGUUAUUAGCCCACAUUAGUCCAUAGUAGUCGCCUUAUUCCAGUUAGCAAAUUGUAAUGAGUUUUUUUAUUAUGUGAUUUUAGACCUGAAAGCCUUCGGACGCACUGAAUAUUUUCCUUGAUGUUUUACGUUACGAUUCUGUGAAGCAAAUGGUAGUCAUAACUGUUUAUGUGUAGUGAUUGAUGAUAUUAUAAUUUAUUCCUUAAUUUUAUUAAUACUCGAGGAGACUAUUCCGUUCUGCUCGAAGGUUCGUUUCCCGUCAUCACAAAUAAGUGAGUUAUUAUUUAUUUAGUAAAUUAAGCAUCGAGUUUAUUGUAUCCAAAGGCAUACUUGUGUAUAAAUGUUAUUUCCAAGGAUUACUUUGUUCCUUAAAUUUAAAUUUUUAAGUACAAAAAUAAAUUGACACAUGUUCUAUUCAGUGGAUGUUUAUCAUCAUAAAUGUGAUUUAUAUACUUGUAUAUGUAUAUGAAAACGAUCAUUUUAUAUGUUAUAGUUAUUUUUGGAGUAAAGAUCUACUUUUAUUGUAUAUGUAAAUCUACUUUCAUGUAUGUAUUCAUAACCAUAAAUGAUAAAACUGGAUACCGUGACGCAUAAUGUAAAUAAAUUCUUUUUAUAUUUGGCGUAAAUAAAUUACUAUCUGUACAAGUUUGUUUUGAUGCUGCCAGAUUCUAUGAACGUUAGUUGAAUAUAUUUUAUUUAAAAAGAAA